AUGCAUCUCGCUCUUUCUCUUCUCGCCCUCUCGGCGACUUCAACACUGGCUGCGCCAGUGCAUACUCUUUCCAAAAAUCAAGAUUCUACCGCCCCGACUCGGAGCAGCAGACUCCUGACUCCCAUCUCCCACCCUGCCAAGGCGAUACCUCGCGUGGAGGCACGUACCUUCGGCCUCCUGUCUGGUCUGCUCUCCCACGCUCUUGGCGGAUCAGCUGAAUGCGAAGCCUGUGAGGGUGAGGCCAGUGGCUCCGCUGGCGCCAGCGGCGGAUUGGGCGGUCAUCUCGGGGGUGGUCUGGGUGGUUUCCUUGGCAAAGGUAUCGGCGUCAGCGUUGGCUCCGGCGAGGAUUGUGAUGAAAAUGGUGAAGGGGGAAUGAGUGCUGGUGGUUCUGCAGGCGGCAUGGCCGGAGGUUCCGCUGGAGGUUCUGCUGGAGGUUCUGCAGGCGGCAUGGCCGGAGGAUCCGCUGGUGGCUGCGCCGAAGGCUCUGAAUGUGGACCUGCUGGUGGCUCUCCUCCCGGUCACUCCGGUGGUUCCCCUGGUGGCUCUGCUACCGGUUCUCCCGGUGCUUCUGCCUCUGGUGCUCCUGGUGGUUCUCCCGGAGGUUCUGCUACCGGCUUUGCUGGAGGCUCCGCAGGUGGCUCGGCAGGCGGUGACACUGGCGCUUCUGCUACUGGUUCUGGUUCUGGUUCUACUGGAGGUUCCGCUGGUGGCUCCUCGGCUGGUUCUCCCGGAGGGUCUCCCGGAGGUUCUCCUACCGACUCUACUGGAGGUUCCGCCGGAGGCUCUGCAGGUGGUGACUCCGGUGCCUCUACUACUGGCUCCGGCUCCGGCUCUGGCUCGACCAAAGGUUCUGGCUCUGGCUCUAGCUCUGGUUCUGCUGGCGGCUCUGGCUCCAGCCCCGGUGGUAUCAGCAUGGGCGGCUCUGCAACUGGCAGCAGCGGCGCCCCGGCCUCUGCCUCUGCCUCCGCGUCAGCUAGUGCCGGUGCGAGCGCCUCGGCCGGUGCCUCUACGACUGGUGGGUCGGGCUCUGACAAUGGUGAAGACUGCGACGAGACUGGCGCGGACGCGACUACUGGUGGCGACAAAGGUGGCGACAACGGCGAUGACUACGGUGACUCCGGCUGCGACGAGUGCGGUGAUGACGCUGGCUCGGGCGAUGACUCGUCCGCGGGCGGUGAUGACUCCGAGGACUGCGAUGAGUGA